AUGUCGCACAGAACACAAGCAUAUAACACCCAAUACGGCGUCUCCAGAAACAAAGAUGCUACCGUACCACGAACAGCCAGAUUGCAAACGUCCAACCAGAAUGACGGCAAGAACGACAUUGCGAAGCCUGGUGGAGGCCGGAUGCCCCAACCAUCACCCUCUGCAAUCGACUCGCCUGGAAUUCCCAGUGGGAAAGCCCGUCUAAAGCCAACCGUUGUCCCAAAGCCAGCUACCAAAUCUCCCAGUCUCAAGUCUACCGUAUCUCCUAAAUAUGUUUCUUCCUCUAUGGCUGUGUCUAAACCGACUCUCGCUUAUAGCUCGAUGUCCCAGGAAGUGCCUCUUGUUAUGGAUCCAAGCACAUAUUCGUGGGAGAGGAAUACAGAUGCGAAUCUCAGAAGACCUACCCGCCCGUCGGAUAUCUCGAGAGAUAGAAUGUCGCCUUCAGAUAGCCAUCUCGACGCUAUCUUUGGCACCACCACAGCCCGUCCCAUUGAUCUCCCACCACGACUCAUACCAGAACUGCAGGCUCUUGCUGCUUCGACACGACAUCAGGAUUAUUAUACCAAGUCAUCGAGUUCAAUCAGCAGUCCAUCUACCCAGUUCUCCAAUACUCCAAGCCCCUGGAGCGUGUCUACGACAACUACCACACCUACAUCAUGGUCUUCGGCCUCCCCAGGUAUCGUACAUCAAGUUUCCAUGAAGACUGCCAGCCAGAGAUCACAGACCGUUCCUCUUCCAGUAUCGAAGCGUGGAAAACUACCAAAAGUGCCAGCGCUGCCAGAGACAUAUUCUUCACUAACGCCUAGUCAGUCGUCCAUAAACAUCCCUCAGGACAAGGAAUUGAAGAAAUCUAGCAGCAGGAAGCGAACACCACUCAACUCGCCCGCCCCUACGCCGCCACCGAGGACCUCGUCAGCAAAACAGGCCCUAAGCAGGAGCAGUAGUAGAAGCAACACAAAAGCACAUCAUCACAACCUCGAGCCAACCCCCUCAUCUUCAGACCUAGAUCAUGGCAAUAUUCCUGACCGUAGCAAUACUAGCCUCCAGACCCUCGGUGACUCUCCACACCAGGACUCAGUCACUAAAGCGCACAAUGAACUUCAACAAUCAUUGGCCGUCGCUCCACCCCGCCCCAGUCGACGGGGUGUUCUAGGACUGGAAGACAGUAGACCCGUUAUCGUCAACACUCAUAGGGCCGGUUUUUCCAGCCGUCACCGAGAGAUCCUAGACUCUGGCGAUGAGGCACCACCUGCUCCCGGCGACUCUAUGCAGAAAGCCAACGCUUCCACACCGGUCCUACGCCCUACUACGCCCGGAGGGCCAGAAGCGUCAGUUCAGAGUUCCCCGGGCCGCCUUGGGAAAUUCUCUCGCUUGGGGAUUUUUGGGCGUAGAGGGAAAUCACCAGGGACUGAAACAGAGAGAAGCCCACGGAAACUGCAACGAAGAGGGCCUGUUGCAGGGACAGGGCACGAAGGUUACGGUAAAUACAGCAGAAGAGGCCGGAAGACUUCGCAAGACGCCUCUUCGGGCACCUCGUCAGCUAACAAUAGUGAGAGCGAGAGGUCCGUUAGUAGUACACGACGGAUCCCAACGGGGCUCGCUCAUCGCAAAGAGAGCAGUACCAAACGAGGGAGUCAGUCUGACAUUGACGAGUUCGCUGUACCUCGACUCAAGCCAGUACCCAUUGUUGGUGGCUCAGGCGCCAGUGUCUCAAACAACUCUAGAAGCCAACUUGAAGUACACCUUACUAAUUCUAAUAUCUCCUCCCAGCCAGCGAACGUAGGGAUGCUGAAGAUCCCAUUACAGUCGCAGACAUCUAUCGAGCAGCAUGCAUCAGACUAUGAAUAUGAUCUUAGAACGCACAAGUCAAAAGAACAGCAAAGCAUUCCUUCCCUUGCAGUACGGCGAUCCCAGCGAUUUCGUGGCGAAACAGACAACUUCAAUCUGCCCACUCCAAUUCGGACAGAAGCUCUAUCAGCACCUCUGUAUAUCAAUAGCCAGGACACAGCCCACUCAUUCGCAAUACCUGGUUCUACUUCCACGCCAAGUACAACAACGGAACACAACCGAGCCGAAGCCAGACAUGACUCUAGAGAAAAGAAACCACGAAAGCUUCGAUGGAAUAUUUUUCGUCGGAAGGAGACUGUGGAUCCAGGACUAGAGAAGUUGGUCCACGUUCCAUCUUCCUCUUCGCCGGAAGAGCUGUCUGUCAGUGUUUCCACUAUCCCCGUGUCGCGACCAAUGCCCUAUUAUGCGAUGAUGGAUUCUGAAAGCGAAGUUUAUGCGAAUGAAAAUGUUGGAGAGUUCCUCUCACAAGUUGUUGAAUCUCCUUUUACCAGCCCAUUGAUCGGGGGCUACGAGCGAGACGAAGAGGACUCCGAGGCAAGACGACUGGAAGAUGAAGUCUUGAUUCCAAGUGCACCCGUCUCGCCAUUACAGUCUUUCGAGAGAUCACCUUCCCCGGUACCUUUGCAGAGCCCAGCUGAGCAGAUACGUGUUCAGAUAAAUGAGAAGCCACAGAAGCAACCUCGACUUGCGCGUGUAGGGAGGAUACCUCCUGUCAUCUCUCGUCAAGAGAGGCAGCACAAACCGAGCCGCGCUUCGUUUUCUCAGCCAUUUGUAAGACCGGUUCUUCCAGACUCUCCUGACAUGGAACCGAACACAUCUACCACUUAUACGGAAAAUCAGACCCCGACAAAUGUAAACUUCUCACCAAGUCGUCCCGUACUAGGUACUGAUUUUAAUAUUGGUGAGACGGAAUUCCUGCACAUUGCUUCGCGACACGGUUCCGAACUGUCAAGUUCCAGUACAUCCGAGGGUUCUCUGGGCUUGUUUAGUCCGACAUUAAGUGCAGGCUUGCCGGAAAGUCAAUCCGGAGGAAUGCCAUAUCGACCAGGGAUACAUGAACCCACAAGUCCCAGCCUUGAUGAAAUCUGGAAUGAGUAUGAUGACUUUAUCGACCAUGUCAUGUCACCCUCUCAAGCACGGAAGAGCAAAAGGUUUCUAGAUGCCCAAGAAGGCCUCCAAAAUUACAACAAAAUGACAGAUUUUCCCGUCACAGCAGGCAACUCACCUCGGUCGAAGAAAAGUAAGGAAGCGUCAAAUGCAAAUCUUUCAGGCCGUGAACUAAGGCGAACUGUCUUCAUGCCAGCGAUGGCGACAUCUGCGACACCACCCGUCAUCUUCCCACCUCCAACACUACCUGAAAGGUCCGUAGGCGAGGACAUCCGCUUGCGUCGAUCUAAGAUUGCAUUAGCUUUACAAUCAUCCAUGGAGCCAAUGUCUCCAUUUUCAAUUAGAGACAUAAUCAGUGAAUAUGGAUCUUACCAACGAGGCAGUACCGGACUCUCUGAGCGAUUAAGUAGCUCCACGGCUGGACGUUCAAUGAAAGGCCUAACAAUGACCACUAGUAAGUCAGAUGAUCCAGUUGAGCAUAGUCAUCAGGAGAACGUCACACUUCUAGAUGUGAUGGAACGGAACAAAAACCCAGCUGCCCAGUCAGAGUUGCAUUAUGCUUCCCUCAUGGUAGCUAAAUGGCUAUCGUUUGGACGAGUCUUGUUCUCACCAGCGCACGACGACAUACACAAACAGAGUGGACGUCAUGUCCUGGUGAUUGACGGUCUGGGCAAUGAAGACUGGUCAAUCUACUGUGCAGUCACGUACGAAGAUCAAAAAGCAUUUAUACAUAAUCUGAAGGAGAAACCCACUACAAAGACUUCGAAGGAGGCCAAACCACCAACAAACGCACCGAGCAACCAUCGUCGGGCCGAAGUGGCAAGCUUCUAUGAGAAAUUCCCAUUCCCUCCUGGAUUUUUCUCCUCAGCUGUACUUCGAUUCCCCCCAGCUAUGGCUGAAGCUAAAAUGAAGAACAUCAUCGCCGAGGCUCGAAGAGUGCUCCUGCCUGGAGGAUAUCUAGAGCUGAUGCUACUCGACCUGGAUAUUGUCAAUAUGGGUGUACAAACUCGACGAGCGGUGCGAGAGCUGAAGUUCAAAAUGACGACAGCUGACCGGCAGAUUAGCCUUCGGCCAAUCAUCGAUAACAUUCAAGGCGUUCUUGGGGCUAGGGGGUUUUCCAACAUUAGCAGAUGCGUGGUUGGAGUGCCUGUGGCGGGUCGCCCUAACGUCUCUGGGGACUCGUCUUCCUCCUCACGAUCAAGCAGAGGAUCAGACGGAGCUCCAAGGCGUGGGUCUGGAGAAUCGAGGGCGGCAAGUGCCUCCCCACGCAUGGCAUUUGGCGGCCGAAGGGGACACAAUUUAUCCCUCAACGAUCUUAUUGCGGACCAUUCCGACAACGCCGACGCCAAAAUCGGCAAAAUCGUGUCGACUACUGCGAGACGGUGGUGGCAGCACUGCUUCGAAGCGGCCGUGAUUUCUGAUGGAAAUCUAUCGACAAGUAUCUUUGCAGACAAAACAGUGCUGAGCGAAUGCAAAGGACGAGGGUCCAGCUUCAAGAUGCUGAUUGCAUAUGCUCAGCGGCCGGACUUGGACCCUCGUAGCAGUCGACGACGUACGAUGAGUGAACCUGCAGUGUCGGCGAUGGCGACCCUGGGUACGCACCGAUCGCCUCCAUCAACCUAUCCAGGAGCCCGGGGCUUGAGUUAG